AUGUUGGAUCUGGAAAUAACAAACCUUGUUUUAGAUGUGGAAAAACUACUCAUGCUCCACACGUGUUUUUAUAAGAAUGAGAAGUGUCAUAAGUGUGGAAAACGUGGCCAUAUUGUGAGAGUCUGCAGGUCAGAAGAAUCAAUUCCGCAGAAACAGAAUUCUAAGGCUAAAUUUAAGAGAAGAGGGAAAGUGAAUGCUGUAGUGAGUGAGGUGAACUCGUGUGGCCCAGGUAACAGCAGUGCUAGUGUGGAAGACUUGUUUGAGAACUCACUAUUUCAUGUUAGUACUCAGCCUUCAGCUAAAGGUGAUCCAAACUACCCAAACCCCUACUACAUUACAGUGGAUGUUAAUGGCACACCAGUGACGUUUGAGGUUGACACGGGUUGCCCAGUGACCAUUGUGAAUGAGCAGACGGCUCAAAGAAUUGGCCUUCAGUCAUCGACAUUGUACACGUCACAAGUACCCCUGCGAAGUUAUACAGGACAGGAAGUAGAUUUGAACGGUUAUACUACUGUGGAAGUAUCUUACGAGGAGAGAUCUUACUCCUUACCGAUUUCCAUAGCCAAGGGUAACGGUUCCAAUCUUCUAGCUCGUACAUGGGUACAGCCUUUGAACUUUGACCUGAGGGAUGUUUCGGUGAACCUUAUGAAAUCUACAGAUUUGACACUUAAUUAUGUUCUUGAACGACACUCAGCUGUUUUUGAGGAAGGUCUUGGAACACUUAAGGGAUUCCAAGCUCACAUCUACGUGGAUAAAGAUGCAACUCCGAAGUUUUUCAAACCUAGAUCUGUGCCGUAUGCAUUACGUCAGAAGAUAGAAGUUGAACUUGAUCGCUUGCUGAGUGAAGGCAUUAUUGAGCCAGUCAAGCAUUCUGAGUGGGCGUGUCCCAUUGUGCCAGUCAUUAAACCUGAUUCUUCUGUCAGGAUUUGUGGAGAUUUUAAACUGACAGUGAAUCAGUUUUCAAAAUUGGAGCAAUAUCCAAUACCGACGUUGGAAGAUUUGUGCACGAAGCUAUCUGGGGGUGUAAAGUUCACCAAACUUGACAUGAGUCAUGCGUAUCAACAGUUAGUCUUGGAUGAAGAAUCGCAAAAAUUUAUCGUGAUUAACACCCACAAAGGACUCUUUAGGUACACAAGAUUGCCAUUUGGAGUAUCUUCGGCACCCGCUAUCUUUCAACGGAUGAUUGAAAGUAUUCUACAGGGACUCGAUUACUCAGCGGGUUAUCUCGACGAUAUCAUAAACUCUGGAAUUGACGACCGUGAGCAUCUUCGUAUUCUGGAUGAAGUACUUCAUCGAUUGUCAGAAGCAGGAUUACGUUUGAGAAGAAACAAGUGUGUCUUUAUGGCUGAUGAAGUUGAAUAUCUUGGAUAUAGACUUGACAGUGAAGGUUUGCAUCCAGUGGAUAAAAAGAUUGCUGCAAUUCAGGAAGCUAAGGUCCCUGAAAAUGUGAAAGAAUUGAGAGCUUAUCUUGGUAUUCUGAACUACUACCAUAGAGUUCUACCAAAUCUGCCUGACACUCUCUCCCCCUUGUACAAGUUGCUAUAA